CCUGCCAUCACACCCGACGCCUACGGAAGAGCAGAGGGUAAGAGAUAGCAGAAGCUGCGAAAAUGCCUUCCUCGCCGGAAUCUUUCACCCUACCAUCCAAAACUGUCAUCGUCCCUGACCAGAAAUCCACCAUGGAAGACCUUAAGUUCUCCGUCUCCGACCUCCCCAUGCUUUCCUGCCACUACAUCCAAAAGGGUUGUCUCUUUACUCGCCCUUCUCUCCCAAUUGACUCAUUAAUUCCCCUGCUCAAACGGGGCCUUUCCAGAACUCUUUCUUUCUUCCCUCCCCUCGCCGGCCGUCUCUGCACUGAUGCCGACGGUUACAUUUACAUAACCUGCAACGACGCUGGAGUGGAAUUUUACCAUGCUAAGUACACCCAGUGGUUUAUCCGAGACGUAAUUAGCCCAAUUCAUACGCCGGAAUUCGUUAAGGAAUUUUUCCCCUUCGAUAAGACAGUCAGUUAUGAAGGACAUUUUAAGCCCAUUAUGGCCGUUCAGGUCACGGAACUAGCCGACGGUGUCUUCAUCGGAUGCGCGGUGAACCACGCCGUCAUUGAUGGGACAUCGCUCUGGAAUUUCUUCAACAGUUUCGCUGAAGUUUGUAGAAAAAUGGGUGCUGGCAAUGACAUCGAGAGAAUCGCCAGGCAACCGAAUUUUUCGAGGGAUUCAGUUCUGGUAUCCCCGGCUGUUCUCAGGCUACCGGAAGGCGGACCCAAGGUCACAUUUGACGAGAACGCGCCGUUGAGCGAGAGAAUCUUUAGUUUCAGCAGAGAAGCAAUUCAGGAGCUGAAAGCCACAGUCAACGGCAAGAAAUGGCUAGAUAACAACGACGUUUUUGACGCCGUUGAAAUUAUGGGGAAGCAGAGUAACGACAAGUACAGCGACGGUAGCGGCAAAAGGAUAGCGGGCAUUCUCGAGAACUGGUUGUUUAAGACCACCGCCAUUCCAAAGACCGAAUCGGAGUCUAAGGCGGUGGAGAUUUCGUCGUUUCAGUCGCUGUGCGCCCUCCUAUGGCGGGCGGUGACACGUGCCAGGAAACUACCCGCAUCGAAAACGACAACGUUUAGGAUGGCAGUAAAUGUACGCCCCAGGUUGAACCCGAAGCUGGAUCCACUGUACUUUGGAAACGCGAUUCAAAGCAUUCCUGUUUACGCGUCAGCAGGUGACGUCACGUCACGUGACCUUCGGUGGUGCGCGGAGCAGCUGAACGAGGCCGUGAAGGCGUACGACGACGGUGCAGUUCGCCGCGUCAUAGCCGACUGGGAGAAGAACCCACGGUGUUUCCCGCUGGGGAACUUCGACGGUGCAAUUCUCACGAUGGGCAGCUCCCCGAGAUUCCCGAUGUACGACAACGAUUUCGGAUGGGGGAGGCCCCUGGCGGUGAGGAGCGGAGGGGCGAAUAAAUUUGACGGCAAGAUCUCGGCGUUUCCUGGGAGGGAAGGAAACGGGAGCGUUGAUCUGGAGGUGCUUUUGACGCCGGAAACGAUGGCUGGAAUCGAGUCGGAUUCCGAGUUCAUGCGCUAUGUCACAAGUUAAGAGUCCAACUAUGCGUGUCGUCAAGACGGUUAAUGCGUAAUGGUUUUUGUUGGCCGUAUGAUAAAUGUCGGGAUUGUGGGGUCGGACGGGUAACGGUAAUGAUGAGACCUGGGAUAAGGGCUUGGGUGGGUAGGGUUGUUCUGUAUUUUAUUUUAUGGAUUAAGCUCGUUUAUUUUGCCGUUGAAUUUAAUACAGUCACUAAGGAAAA